UCAUAACUCACCACCUACUAUCAGAAAAACCCUUGUUGGUGGUGUGGGUCCUCCUCUCUCCUUGGUCUUCCAUCCAUUUGCAGCUAGCUGCACAAACUGGUUUUCUUACAAUAUUCCCUAUUAUUAUUAUUCACAGAAGUUUCAAGGGAGAGAAAGGAGAAAGAAUACUAGGAGUUAGCUUUUCCAUCAAUGGUGGAAAAAGCAGCUGUUGAUUAUAUAUAUAUAUAGGCUGACAAGUUCGAGGAUGCAUGUGCAUAGAUAGAGAUACAUCACGAACUAUACCGUUCGUGACGAAAAUUGCUUGGACUUGAUCUUGGGGUAUUAAUAGGAAAUGAUGCUUCUUGAGAAAAUUCAGCCAUUGGGAUAAGGGGAUUUCUAAUUUUCAGACACAGUUGUUUCAAUCACUUAAAACACGUGCAGAAGUCGAAAAGUUAUUGAUGUAAAUGAUACUUUUAAGGUACUAUAAUUUGAUUUUUUAAGCUGAAAGACAGAAAGAGUGUUAAUUGAUUGGAAAAGAGUCGCGUGCUUGGUUGACGUAAAUUUUAAGACAAGUGUUUGAACUUUGAAUUUGCCAAAGAUUAUAAAGUAGAUGGGGUGCUAGACUAUUUUACAGAAGACAAAACUAUGGACCAAAUAGCUGAGAAGAAAUUUCCACUUGACGCAAAAGAUUACAAGCUGUACGAGGAAGUCGGCGAUGGUGUUAGUGCUACUGUGUACAGAGCUCUCUGCGUUCCACUUAAUGAAGUAGUUGCUAUUAAGGUUCUGGACUUGGAAAAGUGCAACAAUGAUUUGGAUGGUAUCCGCCGUGAGGUACAAACCAUGACUAUGAUUAGCCAUCCGAAUGUAUUACAAGCACAUUGCUCAUUCUCAGCUGGCCAUCACCUUUGGGUUGUGAUGCCCUACAUGGCUGGGGGUUCUUGCCUAGGCAUAAUGAAGUCCGCAUUUUCAGAGGGCCUUGAAGAGCCAGUUAUAGCAGCAGUUUUGCGUGAGGUUCUUAAAGCGCUUAUUUAUCUCCAUUUUCAAGGGCACAUCCAUCGAGAUGUUAAGUCCGGAAAUAUCUUGGUCGAUACUAAUGGUGCAGUCAAGUUAGCAGACUUUGGUGUAUCCGCAUGUAUGUUUGAUUCUGGGGAUAGACAGCGUUCAAGAAACACGUUCGUCGGAACUCCCUGCUGGAUGGCCCCUGAAAUUAUGCAGCAAUUGCAUGGAUAUGACUUCAAGGCGGACAUAUGGUCAUUCGGAAUAACAGCUUUAGAACUGGCUCAUGGACAUGCCCCUUUUUCAAAGUAUCCACCAAUGAAGGUUUUGCUGAUGACCUUACAAAAUGCACCUCCAGGUCUUGACUAUGAAAGGGACAAAAGGUUUUCAAAGUCUUUUAAGGAAAUGGUAGCUGCGUGCUUGGUAAAGGAUCCAAAAAAGCGUCCAUCUUCAGAGAAGCUUUUGAAGCACAGUUUCUUUAAAAGUACACGAGCAAAUGAAUAUGUUUCUAAAACCAUUCUUCGUGAUCUUCCUCCGCUGGGUGAUCGCUAUAGGACACUGAAGGAAAAAGAGGCCGAGCUUCUUCUGCAAAAUAAAGAUAUGUAUGGGGAUAAAGAACAACUGUCACAGAAAGAGUACAUGCGAGGGAUCAGUGCGUGGAAUUUCAAUCUGGACGAUCUGAAAAAUCAAGCUGCCCUUAUCCAGGAUUAUGUUGAAACAUCAAACUCUGAAGAUCUAGAUGCCUGUAACAAGCAGGACACUGAAUAUGAUGAAUUAAAUGAACAGAAUCUGGAGGAUUCAUUUUCUUCAUUUCCUAUUCGUCCUUUACAAGCACUUAAGGGUCUUUUUGAUGUUGGUGAAGAUGAUAUCAACGCCAACCUCAACUCUAAAGACGGUAAAGAAUCAAAUCCUGAACCACAAUUGCAGAUGCAACUGUCACCAACAGCUGAAGAGCAGGAAACUAAAUUAACUGAUGACGAGAGUUCAGUAGGAGGUUGCUCUUUCCGAAAAUUUGUUAUUUCUGGUCAACGUAGGCAAGUCUACAGUGGUUCACUUGUUCCGGACAAUGUUAUCCCCCAUUCAAGAAGAGUAAAUCACAAUGGGGACAGUUUGAGAUAUUUUCCUGUUGUGUUUUAUAGUGAACAAUUUCAAUCAAUUCAAGAUAGAAACUAUAGUGGUUCACUGUCUUAUCGUAACAAAAGAGAUGCCAAAAGCCAAAUAUUUGGUGAGGAUACAAUGGAUGGGACAAUAGUUGAGCAGAAAGGACGCUUCAAGAUCACAUCAGCAGAGCUUAAUCCGAUGGAUGCUCAUACAAAUUGCUUACAAAACCAGUUUCCAACAGCUACCAAUGUUACUCCUGCAUCAGUUCUUCCAAUGUUGCAUUAUAUUUUGCAAACAAACGCAAUCCAGAGAGAACAAAUACUUAAAUUGAUCCAGUAUCUAGGGCAAACUCCUGUUACAGGUAGUCACGUGGGGUAUCCUGAUGCAUUUGCUAAUGCAAGUUUGGUACAGUCAUUUGCGGUUCCUGCAAAGGAGAGAGAACUACAAACUCAAGUGGUUCACCUGCAGCAAACCAUUGAAAGUUAUGUUGAGGAACUGCAAAGAUUGAAGAUGAGAAAUGCUCAGUUAGAGAGACACUUCAAGGCAUACAAGGGAGGGGAGAAAAUACCGGAGGAGAUUGAGUUAUGAGUUGAUCAUCAUCAUGUCUUACCAGAGAAAGGCUCUUAAUGAGAGAUGGAAGUAUAUCAAACAGGAAGGGCAGAAACUACUCCAGGACAUUGAGAGAAGUCGUGAGUUCGAUCAUCAUGUCACAUCGAUUUAUCAGAGAACUAAGCGACAGAUGAAAGCAUAGCAGUAACAAGAGCUAUAAUUGCGUGUAUUUGGUUGUAAAGCAAUUUAUAUGUUUUGAUGUACAAAUACUUAUUGCAGAAUAUUCCGUGAGCAAUUGGCCAACCCAAUUUUGAAAUUCGUAUCCUGAAAAAAGACUCAUUACUCAUAGUAUAAUAUACCUAUACGAUACGAUAUUUGUUGCUG